UUGCGUCAUGCAGGCAAUGCAGUCGAUUUCGAAAAUGGUGUGUCGAUAAGGAUCAAGGGCACAGCACAGUUACAGUGUGGCAAUGAUGUGAGUCAGGCGGUGGUCUUUAACAUUGAGGGAUUGACAAGCACUGGAAAGACCAUUUUCGAUGGACUGUGUGAUUUCAUCGGCGACAACACUUUGCUGUCAACGCAAGAACAUGAGGAUACAGCGGAACUCAUCAGCAAUGGUGAAGAGGCAGACGUGGAGGUUGCAUGCGCUGACGAGCCCAGCAUUAGCAGUCACUGUGCUAUGGACAGUGUUCGCUGCGACGACGGGCAACCAACCUGCGCCGCUGAUGGUUGCAAAGAUGGGUUCAUAAACCGAAAGCCGGCAUCUGAAUGUGUGGGGGUGGAUGGGUGCACCUUUCAGACUAGGCGUGUGGCCAUGUCAGAAGACGCCCAGUGGAUUGUGCAGGCAGUCGCACCAAUCGGAAUCCAGACCAAAAUAUCAGCCAAUCAAACGCUGCGUGAGAAGCUGGUGGCGCGGUUGUUCAGACUAGACGAGAUGGUGGGAUCCUGGAUUCUCGCGCAAGAUGUACUGGUCCCAGACAAUUCAUCAACCGAUGAUAACUACGACAUGGACAAAGCUUUUGGAGUGAGUGUGGCUAUCUGCAGGACUUCGCAAGACCCAGACGGAAAGCUGCGAGUGCUGGUGGGCGAUACUAGUGCAGGGCUAUUCGGUAAGCAAUCUGCAGGAGAAGCACGGGUGUUCACGUAUCACACGCUGACUGGAGUUCUUGGACUGGAACAGAUAUUGCAACCCCAAACGCACUCGGAAUUCGACUACUUCGGCACCAGCGUCGCGCUGAGUAGUGACUGUACCACAGCCAUGAUAGGAGCACCUGGCGUUAGCAGCUACAGAGGCUCGGCAAUGAUCUAUGACUUAGAUCGCUCAGUUGAAGAUGGCGCCCCAAAUUAUGAAGGCGGUGUUCCGGUUUAUAUACCUUCGAGUGUGGUACAGCCAUUAAGUCUUGAUGGCAGUGUAGUGGAGACUCCCAAUCAUUUUUUUGGUCAGGCAAUCGCGACGAAUCAUGAUGCCAGCGUAGUCUUCAUGGGGGGCUAUAGCGCUGGAGUUGUUUAUGUUUACCGGGAGUAUACCAAAGACAGGUGA